GGGGAAGACUAGCUGCUAGAAAAGCGGAAAUCUUUUUGAAGAAAUGAACAGCUGAAAUGAAAACCAAAUGAUUUCAUAAGAGAAUUUCACAGGUCGAAGCAUACAAUAUAUACUUCCAACAUAAACUACCCCACACCAGUGAAUUGCCACACCCUCUUUUUUGGCCUAUUGAAUUUAGACGGCAACGAGCUAAAAUUAUAAUACUCUGUAUUAUAUUUUGAACAUCCUGUGAGAACACACUGUUGCAACUAAUGGAAGCCACUUCGAAAAGGUCCAUUCAUCUGUGCCAUGAAAAUGGUGAUUGGAUGUCACAGCUGCCAGAAAAUCUCUGGGAUGUUCCUCUCCAUUACUUAUCCCUUCCAGGGAGCCAUGACACUAUGACUUACUGUUUGGAUAAAAACUCUGAUAUAAGUAUCAAUGAAUCAAAGCUGUUGCAGGUGAUAGAUAAAUGUAUGCCUUGGAUCAUACAUCCUAUUAUUAUGAAGUGGUCUAUAACACAGGUACUAAAUGUGUCAGAACAACUGGAUGCCGGGAUUAGAUAUUUGGAUUUUAGGAUUGCUCACAAGCCUAAUGACUCUUCUGUGAAUUUGUACUUUGUGCACAUGGUAUACACAACGGCUGUAGUAGAGGAUAUUCUGUGGGAAAUUUUAAAGUGGUUGCAGGCCCAUCCUCAGGAGGUCGUUAUCCUUGCCUGCAGGAAUUUUGUUGGAUUGACCAAGGAACUUCAUCAUCAUCUUAUCUCCUGCAUAAAAAAGAUUUUUCAUUCUAAACUGUGUCCAAAAGAUGUGGUUCCAACGCUACGGAACAUGUGGACAUAUGGGUACCAGGUUAUCAUCUCCUAUGAGGAUGUGACUGAAGUAAUGAAGCACCGUGAACUAUGGCCUGCAAUUCCAUAUUGGUGGGGAAACAAGACUGCAACCCAAGAUCUUAUCCAGUAUCUGGAAAGUAUGAAAAAGAAUGGGCGCCCAGACUGUUUCUUUGUUGCAGGGAUUAACCUUACUGAAGACUUAGAGUACAUUCUGGCACAUCCAUUUGGAUCCUUGAAGAAAAUGGCCCUUCCUAGCCUUCCAUACUUGAAACUCUGGAUAAAGCAACAGUAUCCAGGACCAAAGAGGGAAUGUAUCAACAUCAUUGCUGGAGACUUCAUAGGAAAUCAUGAUUUUGUGAAUGACGUGAUAGAACUUAACAAAAAAAUCAUCCCUCCAUUACAUUACCAUGGUAAUGAGACUGAAUUAAAGGAUGUUUCAAGACUUUCAGCUUCAUAACCUUGGUAUGAUUGAGUAGCUUUUGAUCAGCUCUCACAGGGAAGGCAAUUUUCCUGGUUCAGAUACAUCAUAUGUGUAUAUAAAUGAUGUUUCUUCCUCCCAGGUAUGUUGUGAAGAUUCAUUAGUUGAUACUUUUGUAUCAAAAUCAGACUUUAAAAUACACAAUGCUUAUGGCAAGCAAAACUUCCUAUAACUAGGGGAGGAAGAAGAGCAAGAAGGCUUCUCCUUAAGUUCUCUAGAGCCCUUGCCACAUAGGUGUAAUUUAGCUGGGAAGAGCAUAAAUAUUGCAGUAACUGUUGUUAGAGAAUAUCCUAAGAACCUUACUCAUCUUUCGCAAAACAGAGAAAAUAAAUUU